AGAAUUGACUGACUGACUGACUGACACAGGGUUUGCGUUGAAAAUCCAAAUCCUGUUCUCUAUGCUGUCUGAGUUAGUGCAGAAGAUUUUCAAACUGAUUUCAAGGUAAUGAAGGCGUAUCCUGCAUUUCCGAAUCUGGUUGGCUGGCUAGCUGUCUGGCUUCGACAUCUCCAUCCCUUCCAACUGACUGUGGUAGAAACGGUGCUUCCUAGCCUGAUAGGUGAAGGGAGUAACCUCUUUCAAACUGCUUCUCCUAUUGAUGGUGGUUGGUGCUGGUUGUUGUUGGCGGUGGAAGUGGCCGGUUAUUCUGAUCACCUCCGCCCUCGCCUUCUCUAUGUUCACCUGUACUCCUAUCUUUGCUACUUACCACUUCUGCAGUUUGUUGCCAGUUCUCGCCUGCAUCUAAGUCAUCCAGUUUGUGUGACAUUAGAAAUGAAUCAUCCAUGCACAAAAUCCAGAUCUUCUAGAGGCUUCUGAGAGAUCAGUGAGGCGUAUUUCUGUCUUCUCACUCACUCACUCACUUACUCACU